AUUUGUGCUUUCAGAAAGCUAGUAAUGGCGACAACAAGCGUUUUGGUUUUGACCAUGGCCAUAUUGUUAACACGGGCUGUCAAGAGCGAUCAGGAGCUAGAAACAGGUGGAAAGGAAGGACAACAAGGAGCCAAAAGCAAUGUUGACAUUGCAGAGUGUGCCCCAGGCCGCCAGGCCAACGCUACCCUUGGGGCUUGCGACCCAUUUGCAACAACGGGCGCCAACGGUCCGGUUGCAACAACGGGUGUCAGCACUGAGGUUCCGACAGCUGGUGGCAGUGCUGAGAUUCCAACAGCCGGUGCCAUCGGUGCGGUUCAAACAUCUGGUUGCCAGCGGUGAGAUCGCGACAACGGAGGCCAGCAGCGAAGAUAGGCGGUUGCCUGUAUGCUGAGCAGCACAACGACCAUCCGGGAGCAGUGCAACGAGCCCUGUGUGAUGACUGGUUGCCUGCAGCGGAACGACUGCGCUGAAUUCUUGGCUGCGAGGUUUGGUGAGUGCGGGACUUUCUUCUUCUGAGUUUUGCCAGGCUUUUGUUAGUGUUAGAAACAGAGCUGGUAAUUGUGGUUGUCGUUGCGGCCGGGUUAGUUUGCGGCAAGACAAUAGUAGGCAGUAGAGAAAGCAGCAUUCAGAGCAGCCAUGGAUUUGAAGUCGUUGCGCAAACCGAAAUUGUUGGAGCUUGCAAGAGAGUUGGGUCUGGAUGUCUCAGACAAACUCAGAAAACCAGAACUGCUAAGUGCUAUUCUUGAGUUAGGAGCUGAGGAUGACGAGCUGUCGGAAUGCCUUGAGACCAUUGAGGAAAGGGCAAAAAGACAGGAGCGUGAACGUAAAGAACAGAUAGAACGAGAGCAACAAGAGAAAGAAAAAGAGCGAGAGCAACAAGAGAAAAAAGAAGAGCGCGACCGUCAACACGCUUUAGAAAUGAAGCGUCUCGAGGUAGAGAUGGAACGCGCUCGUAAUGGAAAUCAGGCACACGGUGCAGGAGAACGAGUAUUGUUCAAAAUGACUGACCUGAUGCGGCCGUUUAAGCUUGGAGAGGACAUUGGUUUGUUCCUGGUUAACUUUGAGCGAACGUGCGAGAAGCAGGGGUUCUCUCGGGAAACGUGGCCACAGCGCUUGCUCACUUUGUUACCCGGCGAGGCGGCCGACGUAGUCGCUCGCUUGGAUAGAGAGGAGGCAGAGGAUUUCGACAAAGUGAAAUCGAGUCUGCUAAAAAAGUACAGGCUGUCCGCGGAGGCGUUCCGUCGGAAGUUUCGAGAAAAUGAGAAAGGCAAAAGUGAGUCAUAUACAGAGUUUGCCUACAGGCUAAUGUCAAACAUGCAGGAGUGGCUCAAAGAAGAGAAAGCGUUUGGUGACCACGAGAAAGUUCUGCAGUGUUUCGGGCUAGAACAGUUUUAUAGUCGGUUACCUGAGAACGUGCGGUACUGGGUCUUGGAUAGGCCAGACGUUAGUACGGUGGCUAGAGCCGCUGAGCUAGCCGAAGAGUUUGUGACGCGUCGGGCUCGCGGAGCUAAGGACGGUCAAAAGGGUGAAUUUGGCUCCAAGUUUGAGAGGCCGAAGUUCACGCCCAUGAGAGCAAAGGGGGACACACGUAGUGCGGAUGCGAGUGAAAGCAGUCCGACCGAACGUAAGGAGACGGCGGCAACCGAAGCCGAACGCAGAAAGCGGUUCGAGGCGAGGCAAGCGCGCGUGUGUUAUACGUGCCAGAAGCCGGGUCACUUUUCGGCGCAGUGUCCAGAAACAAAAACAAAAGUUGUGUUUUUGUCAUUAUGCAGCACUGACGAGAACAUGAAGCUUCUCGAGCCUUACAUGCGAGACCUCCUCGUAAACGGGAAAGAGUGCCGAGUGCUUCGCGAUUCCGCAGCUACGAUGGAUGUGGUUCACCCCUCUUACGUAGAACCCGAUAUGUUCACGGGCGAGUGCGCAUGGAUCAAGCAAGCCGUGGAAGCUCAUAGCGUGUGUCUGCCCGUAGCAAAAGUGCUUAUUGAAGGACCUUUCGGAGCACUUGAGACGGAGGCCGCAGUGUCAUCUAUGCUGCCCCCUCAGUACCGGUACCUAUUUUCGAACAGGUCCGAUCACCUCCUGCGCGAGAAGGGGCUUUUGUUUGGUGAGGCUAGCGUUCAGGCCUUAACCAGAUCGAAGGUUCGGGAGCUCGCUGCAAAGGCGGUAGUUGCGGGGCCGACGUUGUCGAACGGUGAGAAAGGGUCAGAGGCGCAGCAAGCUGAUAUUCAGAUCACGCCCGAGCUGAGUAAAACUGAGUCUGUAGCGUUAAACGCACCAGAUACUGGAGAGGAAAUUCCCGAUGCGGGAAAGUUAGAAGAGCUAUCUGAAGAUUUGCUCAUCGCGCCUACGUCAGACGGACUUAAUAGGUUGCUAAAAGUCAGCCGGUCGGCUUUGAUAGCCGAGCAAAAGAAGGAUGGCAGCCUAGAAAACAUACGCUGCAUUGUCAAGGAAGGUAUCGCCAAGAAAAAUGCUCGCUUUGUGGAAAGAGGUGGGGUCCUGUACCGGAAGUAUGUAGACCGCAGGGGAGUGGAGUUCAAUCAGCUGAUCGUGCCUCAGUGCUAUCGUCAGGAUCUGUUGCGCUGGUCGCAUGGGGGUUCGUGGUCCGGACACCUAGGAGUUAAGAAAACUAAGGACCGUCUCUUGCAAGAGUACUAUUGGCCAGGGUGUUUUCGGGACGCAGACCACUUUGUGAAGACAUGCGACACCUGUCAGCGGGUCGGCAAACCAGGGGACAAAUCGAGGGCGCCGUUGAAGUUGGUACCUAUCAUUACGGAGCCUUUUAGACGGCUCGUUAUUGAUACAGUGGGACCUCUGCCGGUAACAGCCACGGGGUACAGACACAUUUUGACUGUGAUCUGCCCAGCUACAAAGUUCCCUGAAGCAGUGCCGCUUAAAGAACUCAGCUCAGUUGAGAUAGUCAAUGCACUACUGUCCAUAUUUGCGCGAGUUGGUUUUCCUGCGGAAAUCCAAUCAGAUCAGGGCACAGUGUUUACUAGCGCUUUGACGACAGCCUUUCUCGAAAGGUGCGGGGUAAAGCUGCUACACAGCUCAGUGCACCACCCCCAGUCGAAUUCCGUUGAGAAGCUCCACUCCGUCAUGAAGCGCGUGUUGAGAGCAUUGUGUUUUGAACAUCAAACUGACUGGGAGCUGUGUCUGCCUGGGGCGAUGUUUGCAUUACGGACCGCGCCGCAUGCGGCUACGGGGUUUUCGCCAGCUGAGCUGGUGUACGGUCGCUCGCUGCGAUCUCCGCUUCGCAUGCUUAGAAACGGAUCACUGCCCUCUCCAAAGGCUGCAGACUAUCUGUUCCACAAAUGGCCGCCUCCUGCACUGGAGCCUCGCUUUGCAAUAACAUUCCUUUGAGGUGCGUUACAAAAAGGGGAGUCUCAACGGUAACGCCGAUGGCUGAAGUCGAAGCCCCUAACGUGGGAAUCAGCCUCAAAAUUGUUUGUUAUUGAUGUUUUUCUUCCUGAGGCAGGAUUUUUAACAUAUUGCUUUUGUGUAGUGUUUCAAAGUGAUAAUGUGCUUUCUAGUGCAAUUUUCCGAUUUGUGGACGCGUUCUGAGUGCUGCUAGACUACUGUAAGGAACUAGGCAGUAGUAUUAAAGGGGAAAGAGCCUGGCAUGGCUUAGUGAGGGUUGUGCCGUGCUUGCUGACUGAGCGGCUGAGUUUCGGCGUAGUUCUAACGCUUGCUGAGAACGAGAGAAAAAUGAGAACUCUCCCGAAGUCACUUUGCAGUGUCCUCUGUGAACCUGAACGUGAGAACGAGGCCUUCUCGGUGCGCUGGCUCAAGAAACGCCGAGGGACGACCGACUUCGGUAAUGAGCAUCAUUGAGCGACAUCCCUCCGGACAGCGGAUGCAGUCCCCUGACCAUCGGGAUCUCCCUCCCCCGGCGGGGCGGUCUGUUACGUUUCGCCUACGACGCGCACUAAAGCCGGCGCGGAUGCAACGUACGCCGGGGCUUCGUUCAAAGCGGCGGACAUUUUGGCCCGUUCGGAGCGGCCGCGACGCAUCCCCGGCGAGCGCGUCCCGGCAUGUUCAGUGCCACGUGUCUUUGUGUGUGCGUGUGUGUGUGUGUGCCCACGCUUGUCAAAGCGCGGCAGCCGGGGAGAGGAGCUCCCCCAGUGUGAAGCGAGGAGGUCUGACCGGCGCCGGCCCGUCUGAUGCGUCACCUCCUUGUUCCAACGUGUCUCUCAGUCCGUCCGUCGCCGCUGUCACGUGGUGUCAUCUCGUGACCUUCCGUCUUGCCCGCGACCCCAAGAGUAUAAGAGCAGCUGCCCCCGGACGCCAGGAGAGAGGCUCCGAUUUCUUCUGUUGAGUAACGUGCUCUCCCGUCUCUCUACUUCGGUCGACCUGACCGCCCGCUCUUUGCAAUGCUAGAAUAAACAAGUUGUUCUGUUA